GAUACUACGGAGCUACGCGUCGCUAGCAGGUGCACAACAGAGGGAAUUCACUAAUACAGGACGAAAGAUGGCAUAGCAUAUGGUGUUUUCCCGUUUCCAACGACAGAGGACACGUCUGCCAUAAACCAUAACCGUGUGCUUUCACUAGAAUUAUGUCACAAGCGGGUACUAUCUGCUGACCAUCUUUCUCCGGAGUGACUGAAGUCUUUCCAUUUCGAGGACAUCGCUCUACUACCCAGUGUCAUGUCAGGUACCUACACACCAGCCCCUGGUGGGCCAUUCUCUGCUCUCACUCCAAGCAUGUGGCCACAGGACAUUUUGGCCAAGUACCAUCAAAAAGACCUCCCAGAACAAUAUGAACUCCAGUAUGAUGAGUUUGGCUUCAGAGUGGACACUGAAGAUGGUGUCGAGCCCAAGCCUUGGCUUGGCACUGAAGGCUCACCCCAGCGUGAAGACCCCCAGCAGAGAUUGCGCUGGCAAGCCCACUUGGAGUUCACCCAUAACCACACAGUGGGUGAUUUGACCUGGGAGCUCAUCGCUCCAGUCCUUCCACGCUCCGAGCGCCUGCGUUCCCUGGUACUUGGUGGCAUACCUCACAGUAUGAGACCACAGCUAUGGAUGCGUCUGUCUGGAGCACUGCAGAAGAAGAGGACUACAGAGAUUUCUUACAGAGAAAUCAUAAAGAACAGCUCUAAUGAUGACACCACUACAGCUAAACAGAUAGAGAAGGACCUGUUACGAACUAUGCCAACCAACGCGUGUUUCAAUAGUCUGACCAGUGUUGGAGUGCCAAGGCUGAGACGGGUACUGAGAGGCCUGGCCUGGCUUUACCCAGACAUUGGGUACUGUCAGGGCACUGGCAUGGUGGUUUCCUGUCUAUUGCUCUUUCUAGAGGAAGAGGAUGUGUUAUGGAUGAUGUGCGCUCUGAUAGAAGACCUCCUACCCCCAUCAUACUUCUCCUCCACCCUGCUGGGUGUCCAAACAGACCAGAGGGUUCUCCGUCAACUCAUCGUUCAGUACCUGCCAGCCCUUGACCGCCUUCUGCAGGAGCAUGACAUUGAGUUGUCGCUGAUCACACUGCACUGGUUCCUGACAUCAUUUGCCAGUGUGGUGGACAUCCGUCUGCUCCUUAGGAUCUGGGACCUACUCUUUUACCAGGGCUCAUUGGUUCUCUUCCAGGUCACAAUGGGCAUGCUCAAGAUCAAGGAGGAGGAGCUUGUGUCAUCAGAAAACUCUGCGUCCAUUUUUAAUACUCUGUCAGACUUACCAAGCCAGCUGAGAGAUGGGCCUGCAGUUCUUGGGGAGGCUAUGAGGCUAGCGGGGACACUGUCCCAGGAAACACUAGAAGCCCAUCGACACAAGCACCUAGCCUACAUCCUAAAUGAACAGGCCCAGCUCAACAAUGGAAAAAACACAAUACUCAACUCCAAUCUCAACAAGGUGGUGAGGAGACAGUCCCUGCGCAGAAAGUCCACCUUGAGCUCCCUGCUGUUUGGGGAGGAUGAGGCCGAGGCUCUCAAGUCCAAAAACAUUAAGCAGACAGAGCUGGUGGCUGCCCUGCGAGAGGCCAUAGCCCGCACUGCAGAGCAUUUCCACUGUCUGGACCCACAUCAUUCCAGCACUGACCUGACUCCUGACUACUCAAUGGAGAGCCACCAACGAGACCAUGAAAACUUCCUUGUUGUGUCCCGCAACCGGCGGAGACGGGCAAAGGCAUUGCUUGACUUUGAGCGACACGAUGAUGAUGAACUGGGCUUCAGGAAAAAUGACAUCAUCACUAUCGUGUCUCAGAAGGAUGAACACUGUUGGGUUGGAGAGCUCAAUGGCCUCAGAGGUUGGUUCCCAGCAAAGUUUGUGGAGAUUCUUGAUGAAAGAAGCAAAGAGUACUCGUUAGCAGGUGAUGAUUCUGUAACAGAGGCAGUGACAGAUCUGGCCAGAGGGACUCUGUGCCCGGCCCUGAAGGCCAUCUUUCAGCAUGGUCUCAAGAAACCGUCUAUACUGGGAGGGCCUUGUCACCCCUGGUUAUACAUAGAAGAAGCGGCCAGUAGAGAGGUAGAAAGGGACUUCAACUCUGUCUACUCCAGACUGGUGCUGUGUAAAACCUACAGGUUAGAUGAAGAUGGGAAAGUACUAACACCAGAGGAGCUGCUUUACAGAGCAGUGCAGUCUGUCAACAUGAGCCACGACACAGCACACGCUCAGAUGGAUGUCAAGUUUAGGUCUCUUGUUUGCGUCGGCCUCAAUGAGCAGGUGCUGCACCUAUGGCUGGAGGUGUUGUGUUCCAGCAUGGCUGCUGUAGAGAAAUGGUAUCAUCCGUGGUCCUUCCUUCGCAGUCCUGGAUGGGUUCAGAUAAAGUGUGAGCUCAGGGUCCUAUCAAAGUUUGCCUUCAGUCUGUCCCAAGAUUGUGAGCUACCUGACAAGAAAGUGGAGAACGAGCAGAGACCAUUGAAAGAGGGAGUGCAGGAUAUGUUGGUGAAACAUCACCUCUUCAGCUGGGACAUUGACGGCUAAAAACAACAACAAAAACACUGCUGAAUUCUCUCCUGUCCUGUGUCUGUGUGUAUAUUUUGGUCUUUUCAUCUGUUUCUUACACACUGGCAACUGAAACACCAUUGUCUGCUUUUAUCCCCUGGAUGAUGAUGACCCCAGAAUAGUGAUGACUCUGAAACUCUCACGUCAUCAUAAGGUCCACUAGGAGGUAUGAACUGAAUUAUGUGUGCAUUAAGGUGCAUAAUAACAAGGCAGUUUUUAUUCAGACUUGGUGUAGGAGGUUUUGCAACAUGGUUGAAACUAUAUAAAGUUACAUAAGUAAAACACUCCUGCAGUACAGAACAGUCUGUACCCACUGGACUGGAGCAAGUAUUUCUUCAGUACUCACUACACUGGCUGUUCAGCUUUUUUAGCUAUCUGGGUAUGCGUUUUGCACAGGAGUGAGGUGCACAGUACAUACUCUUGCACUGGUUUGUCUCUAUGUAAAAUGCAGUGUCAGGUUACCCCACAGCAAACACUGGACCUUUGGCAUCAUCCUAAAUUCCACAUGAUCCUGCAAAUUUCCAAAUAUUAAGACCAAAACAGAACAUUCCUAAACAUGUAGGUGUAAAGUUACAAAUUAUUUUUGAGAGGAAUGUUACUUACCUCAAUAUCAUGAAUUCCACAAAAUAUUGCAUUAAAGGCAUACUAUGCAGGAUUAUCCUAAAACAAAAAAAACAUCUAGACUCAUACAAAAGUAAUCCCUCUCAAUCAUCACUUUUCAUGUGUGGGAUGGUGUAUUUAAAUACAGAGACUCUGCCAUCUGUAUUUUCUUCUUAUUUUGCUGUGUUCGUAAUAUUUCUAGCCUUCAACCUUUGGGCAGUAGGUGUGUAGCCCCUAGCCAACAACAGAACACAGGGUGAGUGUUGGACUCUAUAAAAACAUAGCAACAUAGGCAAGAGGAAGAUAUGAAAAUGGUGGCCACAGCUCUGAUGUUAUGGUGCUCUGAACAGUAAAGGCAGCGAGCAGCCGUAGUGAACAACAGUGAAGUUAAACUUAAAGUCUGAUUCAUUCUGUCUGCAGUGGCCUCUAUGCUCUGCAAUAGUCUUCUGUCCAUUGUGUAUGUUUGUGUGUGUGGGUGUGUAGCUCAGCUCCACCUUGUGCAUAAAACUAGAGAGCAGUGAGAGAUGAUGAGCCAACUUUAAAUGUUGUGUUUUCAAACUACAACCGCCAAAUCCUGCAUAGUGUGCCUUUAAAUACUAAUGUUGCACAUACCAAGUAAAGCCUUUUGAAACUGUGAUAUGAGACUAUGGGUGUGUGCGCUGCCUUAGUGGUAGUCAACAGUAUGCACUUGUAUGACAUAAUGUAAAAGAAAUUGAAAAAAAAUGUUACAUACAUGUUUUACUGUAUAGAAAGUAAAUAUCUGUCACCUAUGACUACAUGUUCAUUGAAGACUUUUAUCUUUCUGAUCUUGACAUACUGAUUUCCAGAUUCACCUCCAGUGCUGACUGUAACCCACACCAAAAUACAAAUAAUUGCCCAUUGAUAUUUAUUCAAACUGUGGACUAAUGAUAUAUGAUGAGUGAGAUUUAAGAGGACUGAUACGUGAACAAAAUUGUAAAACUUUGUGUGUUUGUUACAACAUAUUUGUUCAUAAUUAAUUAUACUUUUUUGACACUUGCUGUUCAUAACUUUUAAUUUCAGGCAAAGAUUUUGUUGCAUCAAUUGUUAUUCCUGCCAAUCAGAUCUUGGAAGUGACAAGUUUGACAUUUUCAUGUAAUUUCAGUCAAGAAUUUUGAGGCAACAUUGUUAUCUGUAACUUUCCCAUGUGCAGAAAACACAAUCAGCUUAGUUUCUGAUGUUACAUGAUGUUAUUGUAGCCUGUAAAAAUUACAUUAUCAGAAAUGUACAACUGAAAGACAACACUUAACUGUGUGGUGGUGCCUCUUACAAUCUUAUGAAAAGACUGAGACCACACAGUACACUCCUAGUGCUAGGCUUACUGUAUAUAAAAUAUGACAAAGUAUAUUGGAGAACACUAUAAACAGAUGGAAAAACCCUUCAUUGUCCUGUUGAGUUAUUCCUAAUUUAAAUAUUUUACACACUAUCAUGUGAAUAGCAUACAGUUCAGAUUCUUAAUUUGUAAUGACAAGUGUGAGGAAAAUGCAAAUAUAGAAAAAGAACCGCUAAUGAAAUUUCAGUAAAGCCAUUUUAUUAAUGGUCAGUUUUUUUAGCGGCAAAGUGUGUUUUAAAAUGUCACAACAUGUUAACAGCAACAGGCCAUAACGCAUGGGGUACUAGAGUUACAAGUAGCACUGCAAGUACUGUAUGUCUUACAAUCAUGAGCAACUGUUGGAGUGACAAGAGUAUGUGCUGUAUUUGUUAGUACUAACACUAUUGAUAUAAGGUUUGUAAAAUGGAUGACUAACAGUGGAAGCAUGACGUAUACUACUGAAUCUAAGAGCGCAAGUGAGAGAAGGUUGAAAGAGUUAAAACCAUCCAAGAGUCGACGUUCUGCAUGUAUUCCAAAUAAAUAACUGACAAUUAUAAAA